AUGGAGGAGGACAAGGCAAAGAAAGAUGUGGAGAAAGAAGAAGAAAAGGAGAAGAGGGUGAAAGAGGGAAAGGAUGGGGAGAAUAUGGAAGAGGAUGAAGGGAAUAAGGAGAAAAUGAAGGAGAAGAGAGAGGAGGAGGAGGCGUGGGAGGAGGGUCUCCGUCUCUCUCAGUGUCUGCUAGACAUCACCUGGGAGCAGCUGAACACGGGGCCCUGGAGGGACGUUGACGUCUGCUGGCGGCAGCUCUACACAUGUGCCUCACUCGUUAAAGCCACCUGUCAGCUCAUUGCAGCCACACGCGGCGGCAACGACGACGAUGACGAUGAUGAUGAUGAAAUUAUGAAACGUCUAUGCUGUGAUAAAAGCUGCAGGAGCAGCAACCACAGUGGAGGUGGUGACAGAGGCGGCAGCAGUAGUGUUGCUGGUAAUGGUGAUGCCGGUGAUGAUGUGACAGUGGACAGGCUAUGUGGCAGUGGCAAUAGCAGCAGUAGCAACAACAACAAUAGAGGCAGCAGCAGCAGCAGCGGCGGUGUUGUCACGGCGACGGCCUCCGCGUUGGAGCGGAUGCUGCGUGAGGUGAUCAGGACGUGUGACAUGGGGCUGCUGCUAGGCGCUCCUCUACUCAACAACGCUCUCGCACGACUAGUCACCGCUCUGUGCCAUAUGCUGCAGCCAGUGGGCGCCGCCGAAGCCGCUGCCAAGACCACGCCACCAGGGGGCGCCGGCGAAGCUCGCAAGGAGACGUCUCCAGAGUUGGAACCCAGUGUUCCUCGUAAGAAACCGCGACUAGACAGCAAAAAUGAUGGCACUGAAGGAGGAAGAGGAGGAGGAGGAGGAGGAAGAGAACGAGAAAGAGGGGGAGGAAGAGGAAGCGGCAGCAGCGGCAGCAGUGACAUUAUCAUUGACCCCGCGCGCGCCGUGCCGCGCGUGUCCGCCCCGUCCCUCGAGUCGUUCUCUCGCUACCUGCGCUCGCGACGCCCCGUCGUCAUCACCGCCGCCAUGCAGCACUGGCCCGCCACGCGACGAUGGAGCGCCCCCUACCUGCGCCGCGUCGCCGGCCCCCGCACCGUCCCCGUAGAGAUCGGCCGUCGCUACACCGACGACACCUGGACACAGAAGCUGAUGACGGUGGACGAGUUCGUGUCGCGGCACCUAGAGGGCGCCGGCGGCGGCGACGACGACGACGGCGUCGGUUACCUCGCGCAGCAUCAGCUGUUCGAUCAGAUCCCGGAGCUGCGACGCGACAUCGUCGUCCCCGACUACUGCUGCGCGCGUUGCCACGACGACGACGAGGACGAGGACGUGGACGUGAACGCGUGGAUCGGUCCCCGGGGGACCGUCUCCCCGCUGCAUCACGACCCCAAACACAACCUCCUAGCUCAGGUCGUCGGGCGGAAAUACGUGCGUCUGUACGCCCCCGACCAAUCGCCGCGCCUCUACCCGCACGACGGCGCGUUGCUAGGCAACACGAGUCGCGUUGACGCGGAGCGGCCGGAUGCUGCGGAGUUCCCGUUGUUCGGGGAUGCAGAGUACGAGGAGUGCGUGCUGGAGGCUGGAGAGAUGCUGUACCUGCCGCCGCGACACUGGCACUACGUACGCUCCCUCCAACUCAGCUUCUCUGUAGAAGUAUAG